AUGAUUAGACAAGGCGUGAUAGAACCUCCAAAACCAAAAGUUAAAAUGAGCAAUCUCAUGAAAGUUCUUGGCUCUGAAGCAACCCAGGAUCCCACCAGACUUGAGAUGGAAGUCAGAAGUGCAGCUGCCGAGCGUGAACAAGCUCAUGUAGACAGGAAUAUUGCACGUAAGCUCGCUCCUGCUGAACGUCGUGAAAAGAAAGAGAGGAAGCUCUUUGAUGACCCAAAUACACUAGAACCUAUAGUUUCGCUACACAAGAUAAUUGAUCUCUCACAUCCCCUAACCCGCAUUAGUGUUGUGGUGGUUGAAGGUGGGAGCAAAUCUAUUAAGAGGUAUGCGAAGCUUAUGCUUAAGCGUAUAAACUGGGCUGCUGCUGUGAAAAACGAGGAUGAGAAUGAAGAAGAGGACGAGGAGAAACCAGUGAACAAGUGUGUGUUGGUUUGGCAGGGAAGUAUUGCUAAACCAAGCUUCAAUAGGUUUUUUGUGCACGAUUGCAGGACUGAAGCUACUGCCCGGAAAGUGUUUUCUGAAGCUGGGGUUGCUCACUAUUGGGACCUUGCUGUAAACUUCAUGGAAGACCAAAUAUAGUUCGACGAGUUUUGAUGGAACUGUGUUAUCCACAAAACUUCUGUUUGAUUUGAGCUUGCUUUCUUU